AUGUUCAUGGCAUACCCUGCGCAUGAGAAAGCGGGCGGAAAAGGAAAGCAGUGGCAAAACGGAAGCCAAUGGCCUACGUAAACCCAUGGAUAUUCUGGGCAACAAAGUCUCUGUUAAAGAGACAAACAGUUCAGAAGAGUCAGAAUGUGAUGACCUUGAUCCCAACACUAGCAUGGAGAUCAUCAACCCAAAUUUCAUCCAAGAAGUUGCUCCUGAGUUUCUCGUGCCCUUAGUGGAUAUCACUUGCUUGCUUGGAGACACAGUAAUGUUGCAGUGCAAAGUCUGUGGGCGACCCAAACCAACCAUCACCUGGAAAGGACCGGAUCAAAACAUGCUUGACAAUGACAGCAGCACCAAUGCCAUUACACUUACCUCCUGUGAAUCAGGUGACAUUACCCUAAAAAUCUGCAACGUGAUGCCUCAGGACAGUGGCAUUUACACCUGUGUGGCCACAAAUGAACUUGGGACAGCAUCCACAUCAGCGACGAUCAAAGUACAAGGGGUUCCAGCUGCCCCAAAUCGCCCUAUUGCUCAGGAAAGAAGUUGUACUUCAGUUAUUCUCCGCUGGCUGCCUCCAUCCAGCACAGGCAACUGUACCAUUUCAGGCUACACAGUCGAGUACAGAGAAGAAGGCUCCCAGAUCUGGCAGCAGUCUGUUGCCUCAACUUUGGACACCUACCUCGUUAUUGAAGACCUCACGCCCGGCUGUCAGUACCAGUUCCGGGUCAGCGCCAGCAAUCCCUGGGGAAUUAGCUUACCCAGCGAGGCCUCUGAAUUUGUGAAACUCCCAGAAUACGGUGAGCCUCCAGAAAAUUUGCUGAUUGAUUUACGGAUCCCAGUGCCACGUGUUAAGUUAAUUGACCUUGAAGAUGCUGUUCAAAUCACAGGCCAUUACCAUGUCCAUCAUCUGCUUGGAAACCCUGAGUUUGCUGCUCCAGAAGUUCUCCAGGGGGCUCCAGUGUCCCUGGGCACAGAUAUCUGGAGUCUGGGAGUGCUCACCUACGUCAUGUUGAGCGGCGUUUCUCCUUUUCUGGAUGAAAGCAGAGAGGAGACAUGCAUCAAUGUGUGCCGAGUAGAUUUCAGCUUUCCCAACGAGUACUUUUGCGAUGUAAGCCAUGCUGCCAAAGAUUUCAUCAAUGUAAUCCUUCAGGAAGACUUCAGAAGGAGACCUACCGCUGCCACUUGCUUGCAGCAUCCGUGGCUGCAGUUUCAUAACGGCAGCUAUUCCAAGAUACCUCUGGAUACCUCACGCCUGGCUACUUUCAUCGAACGCCGCAAACACCAGUUCGAUGUGCGUCCCGUUCCCAACGUUAAGAGUUUCAUUAUGAGCAGAAUGAACCCAGGAACGUAA